AGGCUGGCUGCUGGGCAGACGUCUGGGCUAAUUCACUCUGACUAGCAGGUAGUUACACGACAGCCGAACAGCCAGCUUAAGAAAAUCUGACACUCACUUUGAGAGGCAAAACAAAGUAGACGUCUUAAAGAAGCGGUUUAUACUCCAACAAGUUGCACCAACUGUUCAGUAGGCAUGCAGCUGGUAGCCUGCUUAGCGGUGCUGGUGCUCUGUGUGGCAGAGGCUGUAGAGAAUUGUCCCGAUGUAUGUAAAUGCACCAAGCAAACCAGCCCUGAAAGGUCAGAGGUCAACUGCCACAAGAAGGGGAUGAGGAAGUUCCCCUCCAAACUGCCCCCGGAUUCCUGGAUUCUUAAAAUGGGCGAGAACAGAAUGGUAGACCUCCCGCCAAACGUUCUGAAACCCAUCCCCAAGAUCGAAAGCAUCAACUUGGAACGCAACGUCAUCAAAUCAAUACACCCCCAGGCCUUCUCUGGAGCCCGGAGGCUGAUGCUGCUCAACCUGUAUGGGAAUCAGAUCAACAAACUCCCCCUGAAGGGCUUCCAGGACCUGCUCAACCUCCGCUUCCUCAUGCUGGGCCAGAACCAGAUUUCCAGUGUCAAACCAGACAUGUUCACUGGCAUGAGGAACCUCUCAGACCUGGACCUGCCUCUCAACUCUCUGACUGCCCUUCCUUCCAAUGCCUUCAAGCCUCUGAUCGCCCUCAAGGUCCUGGACCUGGCCCUCAACCGCAUCCAGAGAAUCUCCACAAAGGGCUUUGUGGGCUUGACGGAGUUGCUGUUCCUCAACCUGGACAACAACAGCCUAAAGAGUAUCCCGGCUGGGGCCUUCAAACCUCUGGCCUCCUUGGAGAUGCUGGUGCUGGAUAACAACCUGCUGUCCACGCUGACCUCAGCCACUCUGGAGGGCUUGUCCAACCUGCAGGAGCUCUACCUCAGGAACAAUGAGCUGGAGAGGCUGCCCCAGGACCUGUUCAGACACACACCCAAGCUUUCCCAGCUGGCCCUCAGUGGGAACAGGCUGAAGACUGUGGAUGGAAGCAUGUUCACCCAGCUGUCUGGCCUGAAGGAGGUGUAUCUCCAUGACAACCCCUGGACGUGUGACUGCAACAUCAACAACCUGGUGCGCUGGAUGUCCCAGACCAAGGCCAACCUCUCCCCUUUGGAGUCCCUGAGGUGUGUUGCCCCAGCAGGUUACCGUGACAAAGCCCUCAAUAGCCUCAAAGACCAGAAUCUGCGCUGCCGGGCCUAGACUGAAGAC